GUCUCCUGAAUCCCAGCUCUGUUGAACAGUCUUCCAUUACAAUGAGCAACAGAUUCCUGGGCACCUGGAAACUUGUCUCCAGUGAGCACUUCGAUGACUAUAUGAAAGCACUGGGUGUGGGGUUAGCCACCAGAAAACUGGGAAAUUUGGCCAAACCCAGUGUGAUCAUCAGCAAGAAAGGGGAUUAUAUAACUAUACGCACUGAAAGUACUUUUAAAACUACAGAGACCUCUUUCAAGCUGGGCCAGGAAUUUGAAGAAACCACAGCUGACAAUAGGAAAACCAAGAGUGUUGUCACCCUGGAGAGAGGCUCACUGAAUCAUGUACAGAAAUGGGAUGGCAAAGAGACGACCAUAAAGAGAAAGUUGGUAGAUGGGAAAAUGGUAGUGGAAUGUGUGAUGAAGGGCGUGGUCUGCACCAGAAUCUAUGAGAAGGUCUGAGAAAAUCAUUUCCUCAUUGAAGUGGUAUUUGAUCAUUUAAUAGUGCAAAUCAAUUGCCUCCAUUUGCAAGACCUGGCUACCCCGCAGUUUGCUUAUUUGUUUUGCUUUUAUCUUAAAAUAUGUUACAUUGUUCAAGGCCUAAACUGAAGAUUAAUCUAAACAUUUUCAGUUUGAGAACAUUAAACCAUAUGUAUUGAACA